UGUCUCAAAAAGAUUUUGUAAUAAGAAAAAUCUAUAUAUCUACUUCAUCAGUCACAAAUUCACAAGCACAUGCAGGGUUUGUGUUUCGUUUGUUGAAAACCCAAUUCAGAAAUCGUGAGAAGCAACCACUCUCACAAACCGAUUCAAACCCUAACCGCUACUUUCAAAAUCAAAUUCCCCAUGUUUCAAUUUCGCCCAAAUUCAAAACCCUAACCCUAAAAAUCCAUUCUCCAUAGAUUCCCUCCGCAACAUGAGCAAUGAGAAUGGACAGAAACCCCCACCGUCGAUACUGGUUGGUCGAUUCAAGGCUCUGUUGAAGCAGCGUGAAGAUGACCCAAGGCUGAGAAAUUCGCAACCUUCAACAGAAGAAAUUGUGCAGAUUUACGAGGCUUUGUUGGGUGAACUCACGUCGAAUGUGAAACCUAUCAUCACUGAUCUUACCAUCAUUGCUGAACAACAUAGGGAACAUGCUAGAGGAAUCGCUUAUGCUAUUUGCGCUCGUAUUCUCGAGGUGUCUGCAGAACAUAAGCUUCCUUCACUCUAUCUCUUGGACAGUGUUGUGAAAAAUGUUGGCCAGGAAUAUGUUCGAUACUUCUCACUACGUCUACCCGAAGUGUUCUGCGAGGCAUACAGACAGGUUAAUCCAAGUUUGCAUUCUGCGAUGCGACAUCUCUUUAGUACCUGGUCAAAAGUUUUCCCUCCCUCUGUCUUACGGAAGAUUGAAGCACAAUUGCAAUUUUCUCAAGCUGUUAAUAAUCAACCAUCAAGUGUUAAUCCCCUCAGGGCUUCUGAAUCUCCUCGGCCAACUCAUGGGAUACAUGUUAACCCAAAAUACAUAAGACAAAUGGAACACUCUACCUCAAUUAUGGAUAGUGUUGUGGGUGAAAGGUUAGGUUCACCAGGAACUGUAGGAAAUGCAAAUUUUGGCCUUGCAGCUAAUAAAGUUCAUCAAUUGGUGCCAAGUAGGGUUGGCAAAUCCUCUUCACCGUCAGGAAUUGGACUUGAUAGGCACAUGCCUUCAUAUAUGGAUGAAUAUGUAGUUGACAAUUCUGCUGGCAGGAUAGUUGAGAGAGAAUCUCCUCAUCGUGCUGUUGAUUAUGGACUAGUUAAAGGAUUGAGUAGAGAAGAAGAGUUGCGUGAUUGGCCGCGAAAGCAGUUUUCCGGUGAUGGUCCGAAGAGAUUUCCAACUUCUAUGACAUACAGUCUUAGUAACGGACAACCACGCCAAAAUCCAAGAGCUCUAAUUGAUGCCUAUGGUAGUGACAAAAGCCAAGAAACUUCUGGCAGUAAGCCUUUGUUAGUUGAGCGGUUGGAUAGAAAUGGCAUGGAUAAGGUUGUGACGACAUCAUGGCAGAACACUGAAGAGGAGGAGUUUGAUUGGGAAGAUAUGAGUCCAACACUAGUGGACCAUAGUAGAAACAAUGGUUUCCUGCAACCAACUAUUGGUUUUUCCUCAGAAAAGCCUGUUACUAUUCCAGGCAGUGCAACUUCUUCAGUGUCAAGGAUAUUUCAUGGUCUCAAGUCUAAUAUGGAGUACCGUCCACCAGUUUUGCCGGCAACUUUUGAAAUAAGGAACUCUAUAAAUGUGCAUGCUCCUCGUCCUCCCAGCUUAAAUCCUACAUUUCCAUUUAAGAACCCUGUUAGGAAUCCAUUCGAAUCAAUAAACGCUAAUAGUACCAUUGUGAGUCAUGGUCUGAAUAGACCAUUUCCGAUCCAUGAACAAUCGUUGCCCGGUGUUGAGAAUAAUGACAUCAGUAAAAGAAACCCGUAUCAGUUACCUAAUCAGCUAGCUGGUCUGAUUUCAUCUAAUCCACAAAACCCUGUACAAACACCACAGUUACAGUUUUUUCCAUCUCAAGAUUCAGCAGCAUCGCAAUUUAGUUAUAGGCCAUCUUUGCAAGGACAUGGUGCUGCUAUAAGUACCCCCAUGUCAAAUGUCCGACCUGUUAUGCCAUUCCCUUUGCCUGGCCAAAGAACUGUAAACAACUCUUUUCAUUUCCAGGGAGGACCGUUGCGGCCUUUACCUCCAGCCGGUCCACAUGCUCCAUCCCAGAUGCUACCUCAUCCCAAUCCUAGUCCUUUUGUUUCAAGCCAACAGCCCACUGUUGGAUAUUCUAAUUUGAUUAAUUCACUCAUGGCCCAGGGUGUAAUCUCGUUGGCUAAUCAAGCCCCUGCACAAGAUUUUGUUGGAAUUGAGUUUGAUCCAGAUAUUCUGAAGGUCCGUCAUGAAUCUGCAAUCAAAGCCUUAUAUGGUGAUCUUCCUAGGCAAUGCACGACUUGUGGCCUCCGUUUUAAAUCCCAAGAUGAGCACAGCAGUCACAUGGAUUGGCACGUGACUAAGAACCGUAUGUCUAAAAACCGUAAGCAAAAACCCUCUCGCAAGUGGUUUGUGAGUGAGACAAUGUGGCUUAGUGGUGCAGAGGCAUUGGGAGCUGAAUCAGCUCCAGGUUUUUUGCCAACCGAGACCACUGAGGAAAAGAAAGAAGAUGAAGAGUUGGCGGUUCCUGCUGAAGAGGACCAGAAUACAUGUGCAUUAUGUGGAGAGCCUUUUGAUGAGUUUUACAGUGAUGAAACGGAGGAGUGGAUGUACAGAGGAGCUGUAUACCUUAAUGCGCCUAACGGAAUAACAGCAGGCAUGGACCGGUCGCAGUUAGGCCCUGUUAUCCAUGCUAAAUGCAGAUCUGAAUCUACUAGCACCCCUACUGAAGAAUGUGUGAUGGACGAAGGGGGCACAUAUGAAGAAGGAAAUGAAAGAAAACGAAUGCGGGUCGUCUGACCAAAGUCGACCAUUUUUGUUCGCUGUAACUUAUGAGUUUCAGAUAAAUGUAUGCUUUUACAUUUAUUUUUUUAAAGUAGAGCAGAAUCUUCUAAAAUACAAAGGCCUCUUGCCUAAAUCAUGUACAUGUAUAGUUGCUCCUGUAACAUGCAUAUUUUAUUGCAGUAAAAUGUUACAUUUAGCCUGCAAAUUUUCAGUUCCUUACAUUUAUUGUACUCAAACAAGUUUUCAAAAUUUCCAUUUCUAUUACAUGAUUUCUUGGAUGGAGAACAGAGCAGGAAGCUAGAGGCUGUUUUUUAGCAUGGAAUUUGCAAAGGAUCGGCGAACACUUACUGUUUGAAUUGUUGUAUUCUAUAUAAAUGGUUCAUUGAUGAGAGAGAAUACUACAGAUAUUUGACAUUGUUUUCCUUCUAUAAUUAUUUCAGCUAGACAUUUUGUUUUUACUGUCAA